AUGGUUACGUGGGCGUGGUUUCCGGUCGUCGGUCUGUUACUGGCAGCAGCGACCGGUCAGGAACCUAAAACACGAGAUGAGAUUCGACCGCAGGUGUCGGCGGUCAAGCAAGAACUGGUCGGUUCCAUCGGGCUGCUAGGACAAUUGCAGCCGCCGCGACCAUUCGUGCCCGAGAAUCUGCCGGGCAUUAUCGCGCCGACCGAAAGAAACCAGAAGAAACGACAGCUGGCCGAUCUCGGGCUAACCUUUCCGCAGCCAUUGUUACCGCUAAAUGGCCAAACUCCCCUUCCGCUUCUCGGGACGACCUUCGGCGCGGGUCUCGGUGGCAGCAUCGUUCCUCGAAUCACUCCGCAACCAAAGCAGAUCAUCACGCGGAUAACCGAGACUUCGCCGCCGGUUGUCACCAUCGUGACUCCGUCGGCCGUUGAAUCGCAACGUAGAAUUCACACUCUUGACAGAGCGUUCCACCAUAAACACCAUUCCUUCCACCAUAACCAUGGACAUCAUCAUGGACAUCAUCAUGAUCAUCACCAUGAUCAUCAUUCACAUCAUGAUCACCAUGCGAAACAUGGCCAUCAUCAUGGGCACAAGCAUCAUCAUGGUCAUGAGCAUAAGCACGAACAUGACCAUCACGAGGAGCACAAACAUCACGAAGACCAUAAACACCAUCAUGACCAGCAUCAUCACCAUGGCCACCAUCAUGAGCAUGGACAUAAGCACGAUUCUGAACAUAAGCAUCAUCAUGGUCAUGAACAUAAACAUGGGCAUCACCACAAACAUGGUCACAAGCAUGGUCACGAGCAUAAACAUCAUGGAGAACAUAAGCACCAUCAUGGACAUCAUCAUCACUCGAAGCAUGAACACCACGAGGAACAUAAGCAUCAGUCUAAGCAUCAUCAUCACCAUAAGCAUCAUCACCAUAACGAGCAUCAUCAUCACCAUGAUCAUCAUCAUGUUAACGAGCAUCAUCAUCAUCACAAUCAUAAGGAAACUGAGAAACAUCACCAUCACCAUGGACAUGAACAUAAAGAGGAUCAUAAGCAUGGGCACAAGGAAGAACAUAAGCAUCAUCAUGGACACGAACAUAAGCACGGCCAUCACGAAGAACAUCAUCACGGUCAUCAUGAGGAUCACCAUCACAAGCACGGACAUGAUCAUAAGCACGGACAUCACGAGGAUCAUAAGCAUCAUCAUCACGAAGAUCAUCAUGAGAAGCACGGACACAAACAUAAGCAUGACCACCAUGAGGAGCAUCACCAUGGCCACCACGAGCAUCACAAGCAUGGCCAUCACGAAGACCAUCAUCACAAGCACGGCCACGAACAUAAGCAUGGUCACAAGGAGGAACAUCAUCAUGGUCAUCAUGAGGAUCAUCAUCACUCUCAUCAUCAAGAUCAUAAGCAUCAUCAUCACGAGGCCCAUAAGCAUGGUCACCACCAUAAAGAAGAGCAUAAGCACGGCCACGAGCAUAAGCAUCAUCAUGAUCAUCACGAGCAUCAUGAUCACCAUGAGAAACAUCACCAUCACGAGGGACAUGAACAUAAGCAUGGUCACAAACAUCACGAAGGCCAUAAGCAUCACGAGGACCACCAUCAUAAGCACGGGCAUGAUCAUCAUCAUAAGCAUCACGAAGACCAUCAUCACCAUAUGUUUGAGAACCACGGUCACGACCAUUACAAAAGCUUCGACGGUCAUCACUUCGAAUCCCCACCCGGCAAUGAAGAAUUUAUACUCUCAGAAGAAAGCGCACCGAUUUCAGUGACACCGCCCAUAGAAGACGUUCUAAAGAUCACGAAAUCACCGAAAGUGAGGGAGCCUUUGGAGAUUGUGCGAGUUUAAUGCAUAAAUUAUGACGUGAACACGACACGAUUGCGUAGAAACAGAAUGUAAAAUCAGUUACUUAUAAAUUAUAUAAGUCAGAAAAUUGAAAAGAAAAUAUUAAAU